ACGGGAUGCCCGUUACCCGAUCGUGCUUGUGAUUCACGGUGAGGGUUGGGAGUGGGGGAGUGGCAACGAAUUUGAUGGGGCCGCCCUCGCCAGCCUCGGAAAUCAUAUCGUCGUCACCUUCAAUUACAGGUUGGGACCUUUAGCGUCUGGGAACCAUGGAGGGUGACAUUGUGCCUUACGUGAUGGGACUCCCGGUGACGAACAAUAUACCCGCGCAGGGCCUCAACCAGCAUGUUUCGCCCUUCGCCGCCCUCGCAAACUUCUCCAAGCAGGAUGCCUUCGUGGCAGAAAUGUUUCUUCAUUAUGUCGCCAACUUUGUAAAAAGUGGGCGCAUUGAUUCGAACGAGGUUGAAGUGGAAAUUCGUGGCGGUGGUGGCGAAUCGGUCGUCCCGCUCUCCUCCUCCCCUGGAAUGACCGGCACGACCGAGUACGACUUCACCACCGCGCUCACCGUCACCAUCACCGUCGGCGUCGCUCUCAUCGCGCUCAAUUUGGUGGUAUUCUCGGCCAUCAUGUGUCACCGGAAGAGGGCCAUCCCCACCAACAACGAGGGCGACAGGGGAAGCCGUGAUAGUGACGAGGUCGACGAGAGUGGGAGGAGUUCGGGGGGUGGGACACCUCAAAAAGGAGGAGUCGCCCAGUAUCAGCAAGCUCAGGAAGAUUACAAGUGGUCCACGGCCUGUUGUUCAUCCUCGAACCACCAGCAGAACCACCCUCACCCGCAGCAGGAACUUCACCCUAAUGACUUUCCAACCACUCAUUUAUCAUCCUCCUCGGUCUACAUGCCCGCCGAAUCCAUCUCAAUGUCCCAGUACCACCAGCAGCACCAGCACCACUUUCACCCGGGUAACAGUGGUGGCGGGACGUUGCCUCGGUCAUCGCACGGUCAUCAGGGUCACCACCUCGCCUACGAGACCCACAGCGGGGAUCUGGCGGGAAUAGUUUGUUGGCGGAAAGAUGAGGAAUUUUAUCAUCUCAGAAACCUCAAAAUCCCAUUACGCCUUGUUCCUCGAGCCCCUCGGCGUCCGCGACGAAUACGAACACGACGAAUUCCACGUCCUCAAACCCAUCCCCGAACAGCGGGAGUACAAUUUGGUCGGUGUUCUGAAAAGGAACAUGACGCCAAUGUGAACAUGACGUUAAAACGAGGGUCCAGAUUCAGGAGAUAUCAUUCUGACUGCUCUGACUCUCUAUCUGUACUUUUAUAGCCUGAACUAAGUUCUAAAUAACCGACGAUAAGUACAAAUAUACAUAUUGUGAUAUCACCUAAAUGCCUCGCUUCCCAACUAAUUUUAUUUACAAAACUGUUACAUACAUUUAGUCUUUGCAUGAUUAAACUCGAU